UAAAGUGCUCAAGGACUUUCCUGAGCGAACUCUCCGUAAAAUAACUGCUUACCCCGGCAAAACACCGUGACACAGCAAGCUCUCCCUGCAUUAGGAUACCUUGACUGAGCCCAGGAAAGUACCUGACACGAGAGAAAAGGGCUGUAAUUGUACUUAAAAUAGGAAAGUGUGGGUUGUUAAGAAGUGCCCAGGGUACUGUAGCAACCGCUGCCAUGGCUCGGACUGAUCAUUGAAAACAGACAGCGCAAAUCUUAUCGCGUUCUCAAGGUAGACGGAAAACAACUCGAGCGGCGGAGAGAAAUCCCCAUCCCCGUUCGGGUUCACUUUAAUCCGUUCAUUUUCGGAAAACUUCUUGUUGACGUUUAAGAGCCGCCUAUGCGUCUCCGGCUGAGCUCUCGUUUGAUUAUUAUUUGCUUACACGGUCUCACGCUGCGCAGCUCUUUCAUGUCUGUCUGACAACUUUUUCAAGGAUUUCGUCGAUGAACUUGUUGCGGUGAGUCCCCUUGAAACCCUCACGGCCAGUGUUGUACUCUGUUUCUAGACUAUGGAGGUUCCGGUCGGGCUGGGGGAGGCUUGCGAGUCCCCAGACGCCGGUUUUCACGGACCUUACCAAAGCGUUUUUCAAAACGUGCGCGUCGCGAGAGCGAGCAACCACGAGAGUUUGGACUUUUCUAGCUCCAAGAAGUGCGGCUGCCUGCAGGAGACCGCGUCGAGGGAAAUGCGUUUAAGCAAGCUGUCCCCCGGCAGAGGAAUAAUAUGCUGCCCCGAGAAAGAGUGCGAGAGUGCGAGUUUAGUGAUGCAGGCGGCGGCGAGCCGUAUUCAUUUUCUCAAGAGUUCCACUGGGAGCAAAAGCGACUCGUCUCUGUCCUCUAGCGGCUCGGGCCGCGCAGACGCCACCGAAAGCAGCGGCAGUCGCGCAGGUUUCCUUCGGGGCGCUGAGAGCGGACAGAAGCGCUGCGGUGCGGUUGAAGUUCACACGCGCGAGUUGGGCUCGAGCCGUGACGCAAGUGUGGCGAGUAGAAGUCGCGCGUGCACCACCAGCAGCAGCAGCAGCAGCGGCGACAGCGGCAGUAGCAUCUCGGAGACAGCGCGAGAGCUGUGCAAAGCCGUGUCCGUGUCUUUGGGCUUAGCUAUGGAGUCCAGCGAACUUGGCGAGGUGGGACCGCACCAUGCGCCGCCGCCCCUGACCAAUGAAAGUAGUAGUGAGGAAAUCUAUUUGAUUGGAAUGCCUUUGCUCAACUGCUCAGUGAGCGAAAGGGAGGCAGGAGGGAAAGACAGAGAGUACGCUCUCGCGGCGGGACGAGACAGAGGCACAGAGCUGCGAGGCAGGGACAAAUUGCUCUGGAUGAUUAAAAGUUGCGACCUGGAGCAGCUAGCAGGUGAGGGGACGACCUUGCAGUGCAGCAGCACGUCUCGAUCACACGUAACCACGGAUGUACAGCAGGUGCAUGAGUUCGGCAGCCUGUCCGGUGACUUUGGCAACCUGAGUUCAGAAGGUACGACAGCAGCGGAUAUGGACGCAACGCGAGCGGCUUCGUGCCUGUUUGAACAACUGUUGCCCGCGAGCAUGACCCAUUUCGUGCACCCGGAGCUAGAAAACGGACCGAGCCAGAGCUUCGCGAAGCCUGCGGAGAUGUCCGGCGAGUUCGCGGGCCCCGUGGAGGAUUACGUGAAUCUCUAUAAUGUCAAAAUCAAGGAAGAGAUGAUGCCCCGUGAACUGAAUGACACCUGGGCGUACCCGCAUAGGUACGCUGAGGACAGUAACGGCCAGUACGGACCUCCCAAUCAGAGGACCGCUUACGCAUCUGGCCACGAAACGCCUUUUAUCUGUAACCCCUAUGAGUACGGCCGAAGCGAGGCUCUGGUUCCGAGGGAGCGACCUCCGCCUGCACAGUGGUACCCCAACGGGAUGUUGACCCGUCCCCCUUACCCUAACGUGCCCUGCGUGAAAAACGAGAUGGGCAAAUGGCUGGAUGUAACUUCAUUUGCGGAUGGCAGGUAUGAUGGAGGGAGGAGUGACAUUUUCCCAAUGGAUUUUUUCCUUCCUCCACAAAGGACAUGCCUAAUCUGCUCUGAUGAAGCAUCGGGAUGUCACUAUGGAGCCCUCACUUGUGGAAGCUGCAAAGUGUUCUUUAAGAGAGCUGCUGAGGGGAAGCAGAAGUAUCUCUGCGCUAGCAGGAAUGACUGCACCAUAGAUAAACUGAGGAGGAAGAACUGCCCAUCCUGCCGUCUGAAGAGAUGUUUUGAGGCUGGAAUGACCCUGGGAGCCCGCAAGCUGAGGAAGAUUGGACAGAUGAAAGGUCCGGAGGAGGUUGGUCCCGUUCAGGGCCCAUCAGAGACAGUCCAGUGCAUGUCGCCCAAGCCAAGCCUGACGUUCCACUCACAGUUGAUCUUCCUGAACAUCCUGGAGGCCAUCGAGCCCGAGGUGGUGAACGCCGGCCAUGAUCACGCUCAGCCUGACUCAGCAGUUGCUCUCCUCACCAGCCUUAACGAGUUGGGAGAGAGGCAACUUGUCAAGGUAGUGAAGUGGGCCAAAGGACUUCCAGGUUUCCGUAACCUGCAUGUGGAUGAUCAGAUGACAGUCAUACAACACACCUGGAUGGGAGUGAUGGUCUUUGCUCUGGGUUGGAGGUCCUACAAGAAUGCCAACGCGCGGAUGCUGUACUUCGCGCCAGACCUGGUCUUCAAUGAUCAUAGGAUGCAUAUCUCCAGCAUGUACGAGCACUGUGUUCAGAUGAAGCACCUCUCGCAGGAGUUUGUGCUGCUGCAGGUCACACAGGAAGAGUUCCUCUGCAUGAAGGCCCUCCUUCUUUUCAGCAUCAUUCCAGUGGAGGGGCUGAAGAGUCAGAAGUAUUUUGAUGAGCUGCGUCUGACAUAUAUAAACGAGCUUGAUCGUUUAAUCAACUAUGGCAGGAAGACCAACUGCGCCAUGCGCUUCCAUCAGCUGACCCGAUUGAUGGACUCACUGCAACCAAUUGUUCAGAAGUUGCACCAGUUCACCUUUGACCUCUUUGUCCAAGCUCGGUCCCUGCCCACAAAGGUCAGCUUUCCCGAAAUGAUUGCAGAAAUAGUCUCGGUCCAGGUGCCAAAGAUCCUCGCCGGCCUGUCUAAACCAAUCCUGUUUCACAAAUGACAAGACUACACCCCUGAACCACUCAUCCAUACCAACCCCAACCAGGCCAUAUGAGCCAGUCAGUUUGGUCUGAUCCAGCCUAAACCAGCCUGCCAUGCUUUUAAUCUGGACUCGAAUCGAGCGACGGGACUGAACGAUACUGAUUUUUUAGAUUUUCUAUUUUUUAGAAUUUCUCCCCCUCUCUCCCUCCCUCCCUCCCUUGCUAUAUCAGUCUCGUCUCUCUCUCCUUUUGAAAAAUGGCCCUGAAAAGUCGUGGGACCAUUACAUCAUUACAGUUGUCUAUCUUCUCCUCAGAGAUCAUUUGAGCUCAUUUUCUCAAACUGACAGCAUGGUGUGAAGCAGGUUUUGUUCUUUCUUUCGACCAGCAGUUAUCCUUCAAGAGUUACAGCGUGUUGCCUGGUGGACAGGUUGGGAAAAAAAUAUCACACUGAAGUUUCAUCUGAGCCCUUAAUCAAAAAAAAAACCGGACAUUAUGCAGAUCUCUAUCAGAGUCUGUGACCUGCCUCCACUCUAUGCAUCGCAGUAUAAAAAGGUUUCAUUUAUUGUCCAUGACUUGAGAGAUCAGGAAAAGCAAAGCAGUAUGCAUAGAGAAAUACAUCCGAACGUGA